AUGCACGCAAACCUAUGGGAUGACUCCGACUCGGAUGAUGACUUACCGGCUGAGUGGGAACAGACUGUUCAGGGUGAUUUCAUCGCGUAUUACAACCGGUUAACAGGAUUUACACAAAAGCCGCACCCAAUUUCUGGUCAUGUUAAACAAUUACCAUCUACACUACCUAAAAGCUGGUCAUCGUGUUUUGAUGAAUCUGGAAAGACACUUUAUCUAAACUCAGAAACUGGAUGUUCAACCUAUUCUGAUCCACGUCUUGCUUCAGCUUCAUUAGCCUAUUCUAGAAAGUUGAAUAUGAAUCACCAAUUUAAAUAUGAUAAAUUUUCGAGUGUGAAAGAUAUUUUGUUAAACAAAGAUCUUCGUGGACAGUAUGCGCUUGUUACCAAUUCAGGUUGUGGUCUCGGCCUGUCAAUUGCUCUUCAUCUUGUGAAACAUGGAGCGGUGGUUGUAUGCGCCUGUUCUAAAUGUCCUAACAAGGCUAUCCCUUUGUUGAAACACACCGAAACACAUAACAAGACUGGUACAAUUGUAGACGUUAUUUCAUCAAAAUCAGCUAUUCAAGAUUCUGGCCAACUCUUUUGGAUACCUUACGACCCUUUACAACUAUCCAGCAUCACACAAUCUCUUGAUAUAUUGCAAUCACUGAACUGGCCUUUACACUUCUGUAUCAUAGCUGAUGAUAUGUUUCCAGUUGUAUCGCCUCAUCUGUGGAAUUUCUCUUUUCUUAAAAGUUUUCAGUCACAUUUGAAAGCAUUCUUUCUUCAAAGAACUUCAGGAUGGUUGGCAUCUAUCUCCAGAUAUCUAAGAAGUUAUCAAUCGAAAGUCUGCAAAGUGAUUGCAAAAGUUUUACCUUCAUCAUGGAGACCUCCUUUAUCGUGUGGAUGCCCAUCUAAGCUUAAUUCAUUGUUGACGACUGAUGGAUAUGAAAUUACAAUGCAGUGUAAUUAUAUAGCUCCUGCUUUAUUUUUAACUGGACUAUUUAAAACAAGAUAUAUACAUUCUUCGCAUUCUUCUGACAUUCAGUUGAACAGUUCAGUACAUGAUCAGUCCAGUUUGCGUGUAGUGGUGGUUACAUCAGAGGUUCACAAAGACGCCAGUUUAGAUGAUUUUAUUAUCAAGAGGUCGAAUGUUUCAGAGACAUUUCAAGCUGUUCCUGUAUCGUUGGUUGACAGAAUGAAGCAAUAUGCAAUCUCGAAAGUGUUCAUGUUGCUAUUUGUUAAUGAAUAUCAAAACCGUCUACGUGAAGACAGUAGAAAUGGCGGAUUUUCAUACCCUCUACCUUCAAUAUUUGCAUGCACCGGAUGUGAUCCAUUCUCUGUAUAUUGUGUUCGAAGAUGUGUAUUGAAUUUCUACUAUUGGUUUUUCACGAAUCCUUUUCUUCUACUUCUACAGUUAGUCUACCUUCUAUCAAGGCCGUUCGGUGUAUGUUUGGAUCAGGCGACAGCUAGUCCCGUUUUCUGUGCUAUGGACAAGUUUACAAAUUAUGGUCCGUCAUCUCCUCCCCAGCAUUCACAAUGCCAUCAUGCAUUCGGGUCAGUUUCCAAUGGCGGUUUACUCCAUCUACCGUAUUACUGUUUCUAA